AAGGAAGGGCGUGGGAGACCCUAGGGCCCUAGGUGCUGAACAGGGUUGCCAUCUUCUUCAAUCAGGACUGCGCCUGUGCCUUUAAUAGCAGCUUCCCCAUGAUAAAUCUGCCAGGUGGAGCUUCUCUUAACAGGGAGAGGAAAUCCUGCGGGAAAGCUCUGGUUGCAUGGAUUUCCAAAGCAACCCGGGGCAGGGUUUUUCUUAAGGGGGGUAGGUGGACCCAGGGGUAGGUGGCGACCCUGGGGGUGAAAAGGAGAGGUAGAAACCAGGAGGGGGCGCUUAUGGGUUCCCUGCUGACUUCCAGCGCUACUCCUCUAAGGAGGAGGAAAGGUUGGAAGCAUGACCUUGGCUGGCUCAAAAAUUGACACUGCGUGCCCUUCACUUUGGGGAGGGACCUAAGCAGCCGUGGGGUCUGGGGCUUGCAUCUGGGAAGCCUGAACUCAAAUCCCACCUUAGGUGGCAGUUAUCUGAGCGCUAAAAUAUGGCUGGACAAAUAUCAGAAUCUGAUCAGAUCAAGCAGUUCAAGGAAUUUCUUGGGACAUAUAACAAAUUGACAGAAACCUGCUUCCUGGAUUGUGUGAAAGAUUUCACCAGCCGAGAAGUCAAGCCAGAAGAGAUGACUUGCUCAGAGCACUGCUUACAGAAGUAUUUAAAAAUGACCCAGAGGAUAUCUAUGAGGUUUCAGGAGUACCACAUUCAGCAGAAUGAAGCGCUGGCUGCCAAAGCAGGACUUCUUGGCCAGCCUCGCUAAAAGGCCGGGGCUGCCUUUGUGAAGGAGUGCCAACGUUGAUUGCAUUGCACACGAAGGUGCAUUGGUCUCUACCGCUGCUCUGGCAACAUCCACCAGCUCGGAACAGAAGAGCUCUCAGGAAACAACUGAACUGUGGAAACCACCAGAAGCUGCAGUUGGGGUUGGCAGUGGCUGCAGAGCUGAUGGAGUCUGUUCCGAGAUUGUCUUCUAUUGUGCAUUGAAAUAAUGUUGAUACCACCUUUUUUUCUGGAGGCUUACAGAUUUGCUUCUGACCGUCAUUAGGUUAAAGAUGGGGAGGGAACAACCACAUUUUUAGUUUUUGUUGUUUCUUAUACAAUAACUUAAUUUUUAAUACACAAGCGUGUCGUCCAAAAAUUAUAUCCCAAAGUGUCUAAAGCAAGGUUUAUUUUUUAUUUAAUCAAAGUAAAAUAAAUUGAAAUUACUGUUUUCACCGAG